AUGAAAUCAAUUCAAGCUCGACUUUCCAUGAACCCAAGCAGUACUGAUGUUUUUAAGGAGAUGCAGACUAAAAUUCCAGCCUCUAGGACACCUAAUGGAGCUGGAUAUGUUGCCACAGUCGGUCUUGGCACACCAAAAAAGGAUUUCACACUUUUAUUUGAUACUGGGAGUGACCUUACUUGGACUCAAUGUCAGCCAUGCUCAAAGGCUUGCUUUCCACAAAAAGAAGAGAAGUUCGAUCCAACCAAAUCAUCCUCAUACAAGAACGUUUCAUGUUCCUCAAAACUUUGCAAUUUAAUUGGUAAAGAAACGGCACAAGGCUGCUCUUCCUCUAAUACAUGCCUUUAUGGAGUCCAAUAUGGCAGCGGCUACACCAUCGGAUUUCUUGCCACAGAAACACUAACCAUUGGAUCUUCCGACGAGUUUGAAAACUUCUUGUUCGGGUGCGGUGAAAAAAAUGUCGGCAGAUUCAAUGGCACAACCGGUUUGCUAGGACUAGGCCGCUCCCCCAUAGCUUUUCCAUCACAAACUACCAGCAAAUACAAAAAUAUCUUCUCUUAUUGCUUACCAGCUUCUCAGAGCUCAACUGGUUACCUCAGUUUCGGUGGCGAAGUCUCACAGGCUACAAAAUUCACUCGAAUAUCCCCAAAAGUCCAACAAUUCUACGCCUUAAACAUUGUUGGAAUUAGUGUUGGAGGCCGCAAGCUACCAAUAAAUGUAUCAAUUUCUCAAACAGUCAUCGACUCCGGCACAACCAUUACAUUUCUCCCAUCCACUACAUACUCAGCUCUUGCUUCUGCUUUUCGAGAAAUGAUGGCAAAUUAUACUCCGACGAAAGGAUCAUCCAGCAUCCAACCAUGCUAUGACUUUAGUAACCUUGGCAAUGGCAGCUUUCGGAUACCUAGUAUUAGUGUUUUCUUCGAAGGUGGGGUUGAAGUGGAUAUUCAUAGUUCAGGGAUUUUGAUCCCUCUGAAUGGUUUGAAAGAGAUGUGCUUAGCAUUUGCAGACACUGGUAGUGAUUCAGAUUUUGCUAUUUUUGGAAAUUUUCAGCAGAAGACAUACGAGGUGGUCUAUGAUGUUGCUAAGGAAAUGGUUGGAUUUGCUCCUGGUGGUUGUUAG